AUGAUUAUACCGUGGCAUGAGGACUAUUCAUUUCAAUCUGUUGACUUUGAAUUUCAUCCCAUCCUUCCUUCAUUAAAAUCUCAGCCUACUUUAACUUUAUCCUGGAUAAAAAUGGUGAACUCCAUGGUGGGAAGAGCCACAAGCGACAUGCUUAUAGGUCCUGAUUGGGCCAUGAAUAUUGAGAUCUGUGAUAUCUGCAACCAUGAUCCUGUGCAAGCUAAGGAAGUUGUAAAAGGCAUAAAAAAGCGUCUAGGAAGCAGGAAUCCAAAAGUCCAACUUCUUGCUUUAACACUAUUGGAAACAAUCGUGAAGAAUUGUGGCGAUUUUGUUCAUAUGCAUGUAGCUGAAAGAGAUGUUCUUAAUGAGAUGGUGAAAAUAGUGAAAAAGAAGCCUGAUUUUCAUGUUAAAGAGAAGAUAUUAGUUCUAAUAGAUACAUGGCAAGAAGCUUUUGGAGGGUCAAGAGCAAGGUAUCCACAAUACUAUGCAGCAUACCAUGAGUUACUGCGUUUAGGGGCUGUAUUUCCACAAAAAUCUGAGAGAGCGACACCUGUCUUUACACCCCCACAAACACAACCUCUAUCACAAUAUCCACAUGACACGCGUAAUCUUGAAAAUGGAAAUGAAGCAACCGCGUCUUCCGUAGAGGCUGAGUUUCCAACCUUGAGCUUGACAGAAAUGCAAAAUGCACGUGGUAUCAUGGAUGUCCUUUCAGAAAUGCUGACUGCAAUAGAUCCAGGAAAGAAAGAGGGGCUUAGGCAAGAGGUUAUUGUAGACUUGGUGGAACAAUGUCGUACAUACAAAAGAAGAGUGGUCCACUUGGUCAACUCUACUUCGGAUGAAUCACUAUUAUGUCAAGGAUUAGCGAUAAAUGAUGAUUUAGAACGAGUUUUAAGCAAACAUGAAGCACUUCUUACAGGAAUUCCUCUUUCAUCUGAAAAGUCAAAGCCUGAAACUAGUCAAACUAAAGCAUUAGUACCUGUUGAUGCUCCUCUUAUUGAUGCAACAGAAACCAAACAAAAAGCAUCUGUUAGUGGUGGAUUAGAUUUGAUAUCACUUGCUCCUAUAACAACUAAUGGGACAUCAACAACAACUCCAACUAGAGUUGACCCUAAGUUUGACCUUUUGAGUGGAGAUGAUUUCAACUCACCGACAGCUGGCAACAAUCUAGCGAUUGUACCCGUGGGUUCACCGCAACCCGCUACACCUGUUUCACAGCAGAACGCACUCGCCCUUGUUGAUAUGUUUUCACUAAAUAACAAUUCUUCUUCUACUCAAAUCCAACAACCUCAAAACAUGCCACCUCAGCAACCUGGGUUUUAUCAAAAUGGAAAUUCUGGUUAUAGUCAAGGGUCAAAUCCUGCAUGGAAUGGUGGUGGAAGUGGAAGUGGCGGUGGACUGCCGCCACCGCCAUGGGAAGCUCAGCCUGCCGACAACAACCAAUCAGGCGGCGGCCAGCAAUAUUCUCAGCCUCAAAAUUUACAAUCCGCCGGAAACAGCAAUAUCCAGGCGAUGCCGCCAAUGCAACAAUUCUCAGGCAGCCAUAUGCCGCCAGUGAACCACCAGCCGGUGUAUAAUCAGUUUCCUCAACCACAAUUCCAAGGAGGUGUAGCUCCACCACAGCAGCAAAUGGCUUACUUGAAUCCUCAACAAAUGGCUCAGCAAAUGGCUCAACAAAUGUAUAUUAACCAAAUGGGACAAGCCUAUGGCGGUGGUGGUGGUGGUUAUGGUGGUGGUGGUGGCGGUUAUGGUGGUGGUGGUGGAUAUGGGUAUGGGUAUGGAUACGGGCAGCAACAAAAUGCACAGUAUAUUGAUCAGAGAAUGGCGGGGAUGUCUGUGAGAGAUGACAGUUAUCUGAACAGCACUGUGUACACUGGGCCUUCAAUGGCGAAUGCGUCCUAUGUGCAUGUGCCAUCUGGCAAGCCUACAAAGGCAGAAGAUAAGCUGUUUGGAGAUUUGGUUGACUUUGCAAAAGUCAAACCUAAAACGACACCUGGUAGAACCGGGAGUAUGUGACCUUAUCUAUAUAUAUGUUGUUUGGGUUUGAUAAAUUGUAUUUUUUUUUUUUUGAGAAAUAAUUCUUAUUUUGGGGUUUAUAUUUGUAUGCAAUUAUUUUUUGAGUUUAUGUACAUUAUGUGAUGGAACUUGAAGAAGUUUUUCUUCCUGAGAAAGUCUAUAUGUAUAUUGUUGUGCUUUGUUCGGGAUUGCCAAUUAUCUACAUUUUUUUAUGACAUCAAAAUCAC